GCUUCUUCUCUAAUCACUCGUUGCGGAUUCCCCUCUAACUUUCCAAUAUCUCUAAUCGAAUCUAUCAUGUCUCUCAAGUACAUCCUCUCCGCGCUGGUCGCCAGCCAGGCUUGCCAUCCUACAGCCGACUGCGGCGAUACCAAGAUUAAGACCCAGAGCGAUGCCGAUGCCAUCAACACCUGCGAAACCAUCAAGGGUGAUAUCACCAUCGACAAGUCCUACAGCGGCGACCUCCGUAUCGACGGCGUCGAGAAGAUUACCGGUGGUCUGGUCUGCUCUGGUGGUCAGAACGUCAGCUCCAUCAGCGCUAGCCUCCUCACCUCCAUCGGCAAGGGCUUCGACUUGGAGGGACUCACAACUUUGACCCUGCUCGACUUCGCUCAGCUCGACUCCGUUGGUUCGAUCAACUUCGAGGCUCUCCCUAAGCUGCAGUCCCUGACUUUCGGCGGCGACGGUGUCACCAAGGCUGGUGAUGUCAUCAUCGCCAACACUGGUCUGGUUGACCUGAACGGUAUCUCCCUCAAGACUGUUGGUAUCUUCAGCAUCCAGAACAACCGUGACCUGAAGACCAUCAACAUCAACAACCUUCAGAACGCCUCCGAUCUGAUCAGCUUCUCGGGUAACUUCGAUACCCUCGAGAUUGACCUCCCCAACCUUGGCACCGGUACCAACAUGACCUUCCAGAACAUCUCUUCCAUCUCCCUGCCUUCUCUUGAGAAGCUUACCGGCCAGCUCGGCUUCUGGGGUACCAAGUUUGAGACAUUCUCUGCUCCCAACCUCACCCAGACCGGUGAUCUUAUCUUCAAGGACAACAGCAAGCUGUCCAACAUCAGCAUGCCCGUCCUGAAGACCGUUGACGGUGGAUUCACUAUUGCCCGUGACGACAAGCUCUCCACCAUCAGCCUUCCCAUGCUCCAGCGUGUUAACGGUGCCAUUGACUUCAGCGGUACCUUCAACAAGCUUGCUCUUGGUGCUCUCAAGGAUGUCGAGGGUAGCUUCAACAUGCAGAGCACCCGCGGAAACUUCAGCUGCGACGACCUCAGCAAGCUGAAGAGCGACGAUGUCAUCAAGGGUAACUUCAAGUGUGAUGCCACCACCAACAACCCCACCACUUCCAACGGCAAAUCCGGUACUUCCAGCUCUACCUCCAGCGGCUCUUCCAGCACCAGCUCCGGUGCUGCCUUCAUGACCGGUGCCAACGUCCCCGUUGUUGGUCUCGCCGCCAUCUUCGGUGCUCUUGCUCAGCUCCUGUAA